UAUUUUCAUUUUAAACUUUUUUCUUGCGAAUAAUAUACCUUGAGAUUUGGUAUAACUAUAAAUCUUUCGAAAAAAAUGGCCGAACAUUUCGAGCUUUCAGAGUUCCUCUCCUCUAACACCCCCACCCUUUUUCACCUAGAGGCUGAAAAAGAAAAAACAUCAUUGGGUCAGGUAAUCAGAUAUGGCGGUGAGAAUUACUUGGCGGGUUUCUCAACCCGUAAUAAAUUAGCUAUGAGAAAUGAUGAGGGGUCAACUUUAACUCUCAAAGUUGAGAUAGCGAAUCGUCGAGAUAUUCCAUUCGUGUCAUACGACAUAGAAGAAGCCAAAGAGAAUGUUAAUAAAAUCCCCCAUUAUGUUCUUCGAAUCUAUGGACAUCUCGUUAAUGGCCAGAAGGCAGUCGUCACCAUUACUAGUAUCAAGAUAUUUUUUGAUAUUCGCGUUCCUGAAAAUGCAAGUAUUCCUAAAUUCUGGUCCAAAAUAAAGCACUUACUCGCUACUAAAAAAGACAGCCAGGGGAAUAGAGUAAACAUGAAUCUGAUCUGAAGGGAGUGCAUAAAGGCAUAUCCUAUUCGUGGCUACCAUGCGGAAAAAAAGUCUUAUCUUCGCAUCAUUGCACCUAAUAAAGAUAUAAGGUUCACUGCUCUCAAUAUCAUUUCAAACUAUAAUUCGAAGGUCGAUCAAGAAAAUAGAAUAGAAACCGCUUCAGAUGAUACGGGCACAUAUUACCGUAAAGUCGCAAGAAAGUAUAGAAUACCACUUUCCGGAUGGGGUUAAUAAGCGACUACAAAUAUAAUUUCAGUGCACCUUAUUAUGCAAAAUCCCAACAUUGUCCG